GAAACGUUAGCUUGUGUUAGCCAGAUUUCAGUGCAUCAUGGUGAAGUGAGGGUUUGCUUUGACAUCUGUCAGCAACAUGCGAGCCGCUGCGGUGAUUUUUCCCUUAACAGACCAUAUUUUAGCGUACGCGUUACCGAAGUGGUGAUAUUUGCUUCAGGUAAGACUGAGGGCAGGUAGUUGUGAGCUAACCCAACGUCAACUCGGUUCUAAGCUAGCUAGCGUUAGCUGCCUGAGCUGUCCUCUUGGAAUAACUAGCAGGUCUGUUAGCCGGUUUAUCAAGUUUAGCUUUGAGCACUAUAAAUGUCUGACUCCGCUGAAAUGACGCUGACACCUGAGUGGGACGACGACGAGCGGAUGAAUUUUAUGUUCUCCGACUUCAAGGAGAACCGAGAUGUCAACACGACGGACUGGGACAGUAAGAUGGACUUCUGGACGGCCCUGAUCAUGAAGAGCUGCAGGGACCGCGGCACCGUGUGUGUCAGCCUGCAGGAGCUGAACAAGACCUUCAGGAGGAGGGAGAAAAGCCCGCUGGGCCUGGCUACUGUCGUCCAGGCCAUGGCCAGAUGUGGGAAGAUCCAGAGGGAGUCCGAGUUUGCUGCCAAUGUGGACUGUGGCUGGCUGUCCUGGGGUGUCGGCCUGCUGCUGGUGAAGCCCCUGAAAUGGACCUUCUCCACCCUCCUGGGAAGCAGCCGGGUGCCUUUGGAGGAGUCCUUUGUUGUCAUUGAACUAGUGAAGGAGAAAGCAGCAGAAUUGCUCAGGGUGUACCGGAGCAGUGAAUUUGCGAGCAGCUCCAUCUUGUCAUUUCAAGAGCUGUGCACUCUCUCCUCUGAUGUCUGUGCUGAUGAGGGCACCCUGUGCAUGGCUCUCCUGCAGCUGCAGAGGGACAAACAAGUGACCGUUUCCUUGCACGAUGGCGAGAAGAUUGUUAAGUUCUGUCAGCCUGGGCUGGAUCGUGUUUCCCCAGUCAGUGAUGUGGAUGUAGGCAUUUACCAGCUGCAGCGCAGUGAGAAGCUGCUGGGAGAGCGAGUGGAGAAACUGGGCUUUGAGGCUGACAAAUGCAAAGAGGAAGCAAGGCUGCUGCUCCGGGAAGGAAAGAAAUCACAGGCACUGAGGUGUUUAAAAGGCCGCAAAAGGGUUGAAAAGAGGGCAGACAACUUGUUUGCUAAACUGGAGUCCAUCAGAGGAAUCCUGGACAGGAUAGCCCAGUCACAGACCGAUAAGAUGGUUAUGCAAGCGUAUCAGGCUGGAGUGGCGGCGCUGAGGCUCUCUCUGAAGGACGUGACUGUGGAACGUGCUGAGAACCUCGUGGAUCAAAUCCAGGAGUUGUGUGACACUCAAGAUGAGGUGAACCAGACCAUAUCCAGCGGAGUGGCGGGCGCAGAUGAAGACGUGGAUGAGUUGGAGGAAGAACUGAAGUCUUUGUUGGACGAGUCAAAGCCGGAUUCCAUCUCAGGUUUACCUGAAGUUCCAGCGGGCCCCCUGCGACCCCCCGGGGGGCCGAGCCUCCCGGCCGUCGACCUGCUCGGCUCUCUGCCCGCUGUCCCGUUCACACACCUGAACAUCACAGCUGAGCAGCUGGAGGAAGAACUGAAUCAGUUAACGCUCACAGAUUCAGGCUCCGAACAGAAGACAACGACAUCGCCAGCCAGGAGACUAGAGCCGGCGCAGUGAUGACACAGGUGUGAAGCUCUGCAUCAACAUAUCAAACUGUUUCUCUAAAGCUUUUCUGUGAGCCAGAGUUCAUAGAAGUUAAAGACAAUAACUAAAGUAAUUGAGCUUGUUGUGAAAUCGAUAUCAGGAUGAAAACGAGGCACUUUCCUUCAUUUCAUGAAAAUAAAAAUGCCUUUACUGUGGCAGCAUGCCAAAAAGGAUUUUUAAAAAUAUUUUUUCAAUAAUAAACGAACUUGAAAGCUUUUCGAUCGUCUCUGCCAUCAGAUCUGAAGGAGCUCAAGUCAAAAGCGAACAUUUUAAUGAUUUAAAAUAUGCUCUUUGAUAUGCCGCCACUAGGAAUGCUUUUAAUUUUCUGGUAUUUUUGACGAGAGUCUGAACAAAUAUAAAUACAUGUCAUUUGUAGUGUGUUGUGAUGUCUUUAAAUGUCCCUCACUGGCAGUAUUAUAAAGUGUAUUAAGUGGCCUUUUGAACUGUAAAUAUGAAACUUAACGUAAAGAGAAUAUUACGCCAAAUGAUUUACAGUCACAAAUAUAUUUAGUCUCAUUGCAACAUACAUGUGAGGACGCCUACCUUAUGUGAGUUUAACCAAAUAUGUUUCUCAAAAUAAAAUUUAUUUUAAUCACU